AAUCCUAUUACACUACAGUUGUAUUUAAAUUGGCUUUGACAGCUCACGUGUUUAGACUGUCGAUUACCCGGAUGAAAAAGAUAGGGGCUUCGCUUUCAAAAGGAUCAAACUCCCAGUAGAUCAUCAUGGAUUUUAUGACAGAUCGGGACGUGCAAAAGUACAGGGAAGAUGGAUACGUGGUUCUAGACGGGCUGCUGACCUCUCAGGAGUGCGAUGAGCUGAGGCAGAGAAUGACAGAGAUCGUGGAGCGUAUGGACGUCCCAGAGCACUGCCGGACUACUUUCUCCACCUACCAUGAGGAGCAGCUAAAAAAACAGGGGAAUGCAGAUUAUUUUAUCACAAGUGGAGAUAAGAUCCGUUUUUUCUUCGAGAAGGGCGUUUUUGAUGACAAAGGGGAAUUCAUCGUACCGAAGCAGCAGUCUGUCAAUAAAGUCGGACAUGCCCUACAUGCAUAUGAACCUUUGUAUAAGAAAGUUACACAUUCAGCCAAGGUCCAGGGGAUAGCCAAGAAACUGGGUCUGGUUAAUCCUGUGAUUCUGCAAAGCAUGUACAUUUUUAAGCAACCAGGAAUUGGUGGUGAAGUGACGCCACACCAGGAUGCCACGUUUCUGUACACCGAGCCUCUGGGCAGAGUGAUGGGAGUGUGGAUCGCCUUGGAGGAUGCGACUGUUAACAAUGGCUGCCUAUGGUUUAUACCAGGAUCACAGAAUAGUGGUAUUUCCCGUCGAAUGGUACGCACCCCGAAAGGCACCUUUCCACUGACUGACUUCAUUGGAAGAGAGCGAACUUAUGACGAGGAGAAGUUUGUAGCUGCACCUGUUAAAAAAGGUGGUGUGGUUCUGAUCCAUGGAGAGGUGGUGCACAAAAGUGCUGAAAACACCUCUGAGGACUCUCGUCAUGUCUACACCUUCCACAUCAUGGAGACUCUGGACACUCGCUGGAGCCCUGACAACUGGCUGCAGCCCACUGAGGAGCUGCCAUUUCCACCUCUUUACACCAAAUGAAGAAUGUCUCUGGCAGCUGGAGCUGAGCUCACAAAGGUGGACCAAGGAAUAGUUUUAUACUACGAGCAUGCUGAACGAAGUCGUCUGCAGCAAGUUUUUGAGAAUAAUGUGUCAUGACUUGGAGACUUUGGCUAAUCUGACUUAAUCUGACUUUUUGUUUAAAUGUUUUCUGGUCACAGCUCCUGAAGUGGGCAAACUUACUCAAAAUAGAACCAGAGAAUUGACCAAACAGAACCUUGAUUUAAAAACAUAAUUUCUUAAACAAAAUCUUGUUUGCUAUGGCUUAUAAGGUUUCACAAACACUUCCAAAGUGAAAGCUGUGGAUGUUUGUGAGGAGCUAAUUCUUCUGUUAGAUGACUGCGAUGAUGAUGUUGUAAAAAUGCUUUUUAAUAAUCAAAAACUGUAUCAUUAACAGCUCUUUUCUAUAACUUUUCUUGGAGAUGUUUAUAAAAUAAUGAUGUCAGUUGAUUAGGGCAAGACAAGCUUGUAAAAGCAAAAAAGUAUUGCACCAAAACUCUGACUCCACCUCUGAUGAUGACAUGUUUUCUAUACCCACAUGGGGCCUAAUGUCAAAAUGCAGUAUUUCAUGCUUUCAAAAAUAACGGAGGAAUUUAGAACACCUAGUUAUGAAAUACAAAGAUUUUUUUAUUUAUUUUUUUUUUUAGUACCCAAUUGUCAUUAUCAGUUUGUUUAACAAACCUCACCCAACCUUAAUCUAACAAAAUACAGCUUGACCAAACUCAAUUUAUUACAAUCAGAGUUGAACAUUGACGUUCAGGCAAACCCUUGGAAGCUACAAAACCCCUGAAACCUGUUAUUUAACAAAAAUAAACAUCUAAAGCUUUCUCUGUAGCCCUCCAGUAACCCACUAUGACUGAAGUUGAAACCCACUACAAGAAAAUCCAGUCUGUAAAUAAUCCUUCAAGACAAUAAUGAAACCAUGUCUAUUUUUUUAAACGUGAAAAAUAAUCACUGAAAUAAACCUUAAGCUUUCAUGA